AUGCGCCAACAGAGCAACGCUCUUUUGGCCCUGGCCUCGACAGCCUCGGCCGCCUCUCUCUCAGAUGUCUGCACUGUCUCGCACGUUAAGAACAUCCUGCCCAGUGACGGCACCCUCCUGGGCAUCAAUCUGAUCCCGUCGGCUGUCACCGCAAGCGUUUACAAUGCUAGCUCCAGCUCCAGCUCGUCCCCGUCCGGCGCCAUGGGCGGUGCCAUGGGAAUGGGCGGCGGCGGUUCGACCUCGUACAGCUACUGCAAUAUCACAGUCAGCUAUACUCACCCCGGCAAGGACGACACCGUCAUCGUAAAGUACGCUUUCCCUAGUCCGACAGAGUUCAAGAACCGCUUCUACGUUGCCGGCGGCGGUGGCUACACCCUCAACUCGGAUGCCACCGGUGGUCUUGAGUAUGGCGCCGUCUCUGGCGCCACCGACGCCGGGUACGACGCCUUCAACAACGACUACGACUCGAUCGUCCUCAAGGGCAAUGGCAGCGUCGACUGGGAUGCCACCCAUAUGUUCGGCUACCAGGCGCUCGGCGAGAUGACCCUGCUUGGUAAGGAACUCACGCGCGGUUUCUACGGUAUCGGCUCGGACGAGAAGGUCUACACCUACUACGAGGGCUGCUCGGACGGUGGCCGCGAGGGUAUGUCCCAGGUCCAGCGCUGGGGCGAGGAGUAUGACGGCGUUAUCACCGGCGCCCCGGCCUUCCGCUACGCCCAGCAACAGGUCCACCAUAUCUUCUCCUCUGUCGUCGAGCACACCCUGGACUAUGCCCCGCCCCCCUGCGAGCUGGCCAAGAUCGUCAAUGCGACUAUCGCCGCCUGCGACCCGCUUGACGGCCGCACUGAUGGCGUCGUCGCGCGUACCGACCUUUGCAUGCUCAACUUCAACCUGACCUCCAUCAUCGGCACCCCCUACUACUGCGCCGCGCAGACGUCUACCUCGCUCGGUUUCGGCUUCAGCAAGCGCGGCCACCACGGCAGGAACCGGAAGCGCGACGACCACAGCUCAACCUCUUACCAGCCGGCGCAGAACGGUACCGUCUCGGCUAAGGGCGUCGCUGUUGCCCAAGCCAUCUACGACGGCCUGCAUACCACGCAGGGUGAACGCGCCUAUCUCUCAUGGCAGAUCGCCUCGGAAUUGUCUGACGCGACUUCCACCUACAACUCCACGAGCGGCAAAUGGGAGCUCUCCAUCACCUCCAUGGGCGGCGAGUACGUCCGCAAGUUCGUCCAGCUGCUCGACCUGGAUAACCUCUCCACCCUGGGACGGCGUUACCUACGACACCGUCAUCUCACCAGGUUCAAGGAAGCCGGCGGCAAGCUCCUCCACUACCACGGCGAAUCCGACCCCUCCAUCCCCGCUGCCUCCUCCGUGCACUACUGGCAGUCAGUCAAGAGCAUCAUGUACCCCGACGUCGAGGACGAGACCGCACUCUUAGAUAUGAGCGACUGGUACCAGUUCUACCUAGUCCCUGGCGCGGCGCACUGCGGCACAAACACUCUCCAGCCUGGGCCGUACCCGCAGAACAAUAUGGAGAUCAUGAUCGACUGGGUGGAGAACGGGGUGAAGCCGUCUCGUCUCAAUGCGACGGUCUCCUCUGGAGAUUACGAGGGUGAGAUCCAGAUGCUUUGUCAGUGGCCGAAGCGUCCGCUCUGGAAGAACGGCAGCGACAGCUUUAGCUGUGUGGAUGACAAGGAGUCGAUAGAGAGCUGGACCUACGACUUCCCUGCCUUCAAGAUCCCAGUCUACUAG